AUGUCAAAAUGCAUUCAAAAGGCAACAGGACUCAGAAACAGUAAGAGUGGGUAUGAGAGCCUAGUAGAGGCAGCUACCAUGGCUUCACAGAAUUUUAGUCCUACACAACAGCAUCAAGUUGUCAUUCACGCACUUCAUACAGCCUUCCCCAAGCCAAUGCUUUUAUUGUUCAUGAUCCUAUUUCUUUGCUAUACAACAAACGGACGGUGUUGUGAACUGAGUUUCUCCAUCUUUUCUUUUCCUUCUCCCAUGGUUGGUGUCUUUCACGGUGACACCUCCCACUUGCAUUUGCUUCGCAUGAUGGGAAAGUGA